GAGGAAGAAGACAACCUACUACAAAUGUUGUCUGUUAGCAACUGCUAACGUUACUAACAGGAACAAGCCGUCAAAUCUCAACAUGGCCACACCAGUGCCUGUGCUUCGCCUACCGAAAGGUCCCGACCCGAACAGCCGUGGAUUCGACCCGAACUCUCCUCGCUUCAUCGCUCUGUGCCGCACGUCCAUCCCCACUUCAGCCACGGCAGAGUCGGACCCCCAGCAGCUGCAGGAGGAGCAGCAUGCACGUUCGGUGCUGAGAGAGCGCUUCCUGCGCUGUCUGCUCGCCAUGUCCAACAAGAAGGUUCGGUUUCACAUGCACGAGAAGGUCAACGUCGAGGCCACGUUUGGGGCGUCUGACAUCGACGUGCUGAACUUUCAGGUGUCCGACCUGCACACUCCCAUCGGGGUGCAAAAAGAGGCCCUCAUCAGAAGUCAGGAUGUCAUUUCAUUUACAUUCGAUUUAUGACACUUUGAGCCCGAAUCCCAUGUUUUGAUCUCAGCGACGGCCUUCUCGCGUCAGGAUGAUAUUAUUGUACAAUAUCUUUACAAAAAUGUAAGAUUCAUAUUCAGAUCUUGCAUCCAUGAACUGUUUAAGUGCCACCACAAGAGGGAGCCAUUUAUUCGUCAUGAACAAAGUGUUUGUAUUCUUACCAAACACUUUGUUAAAAAGAUAUUUUUCUACCUUUUGAUCAGAAACCAAGUGCUGAACCUGAUACUGUCUGCUGGGAGUUUGAUAGUAUUUCAGUUUUAUUCACAGUUUGAUUCUCAGUCCUUCAGUUGUCAUCCUCUUCCUGACAUGCUGCCUGAUAUUAAUAUAACAACAUCUCACCUAAAUGGCAGCAUUUCCAUCAUCUUCUGACAUGCAACAAGUUUAUUUUUGGUUUAUAUUUCUCACACUUUCUACCUUUAUGUUUUAUGUUGUACUUUGUUUAAAAAGUUUUGUUCAAAUAUGGUUUUGAAUACUUUUCAUUUAGACAAAAGGGAAAUAAAAAACUGCAUACAAACAAAACUUCAGCUAAUAUUUUUUCAAACAGAAAGCUUGUUGUUGGUUGUUUAAUAAGCAUUAGUUUCUCUGUCAUGCAAGCAACUUUAAACAUCUUAGACUACAUUAUGACAUUUGUAAGUGAUAUCAAACAGCCUGUUGUAGAAAAUGCAGAGAUAAUUAAAAUUAGUUAUUUUAGACCAAACUGACAUGCAAAACUGAUGUAUUUUAUUAUUUAUGCUCAAAUAAAAAGCACUCUAACCUCAA